AUGGUGUGGCCUUUCUUUGCUUAUGACUCCUUGAUGUUGGUGAAAUGGAGUGGAGCAUAUCAAGAUGGGGCUGGUUUGACUCUAGGGAAGGAGGUGGAGCAAUGUAAUGCCUUUUUGUCAAGGAUUGCAGUUACCACAAAACAUAUGUCCAAAGCAGGACGGAAGGACAUGCUAACUCUUAUGGCCAUGCGCUGGAAUCAACAAAAGCUAGACCAGUUGGCCACCUCUCUGACCCAUCGAUAUCAGAAGGCCACAAAAGCUCUUCUAACCCAGCUUCAGAACCUGGAGUCCUUAAAAGUCCAGUUAGCAGUGACUGACAUUCAACUGGAUGAAUGGGUCAGUGAUGUAAAGGAUUGGGCAGAAGCAACAACAAGCACAAGUGAUGUUGAUCCCUUAGUGAGCAGAAUUGAAGUGCUCGUAGUGAGCAUAAAGAGACGAUCCCAGCGUCUUUAUAAAGAUACCGAUGGAAAUAAAGCCCGUGCCAAGAUUCGUCGCAAGAUCAGAGAAGAGAAAGGAAUCUUGACUUCUGCUGUGGAAAAAUACAACAGAAUGGUUCCAGACAAAGAAACUCUGUGCUUGGAAGAAAUUCUGUCUGGUGACACAAGCUGCCCGUGGCAGCGAGCACACAGCGGUAGUUGUACAAAUAUGUUGUCUGCUUUCAGCAUAUCUGACAUAUAA